AUGUCCAUCGAAGUUCCUCAAAGAGACCUGUGUUCUAUUGAAAGAUUGAAUCAUGACCAGUCUGCAGUUUUCAGGUGCAUUAUGAAUACAGUUGAUCGGAGAGAAAGUGGAGUCUUCUUCAUUGAUGGACCAGGAGGAGCAGGUAAAACAUUUCUUUACAGAGCUAUAAUUGCAUAUUUAAGAAGUAAAGGGUAUAUUGUCUUGGUAACUGCGUCCUCAGGAAUAGCUGCAACUUUACUUCCUAGUGGUCGAAUAGCUCAUUCUAGAUUUAAGAUUCCAAUCAAUCCAGAGCCAUCCUCCAUGUGCAAUAUAAGUAAACAAUCUGAUGUCGCAAAACUGAUUUGGCAUACGACAGCAAUAAUUUGGAAUGAAGCACCAAUGGCUAAUAAAAAGACAAUGGAAUCAUUAGACCAUACAUUGGGAGACAUAUUAGAAAACAAUAAUCCAUUUAGAGGAAAGGUGAUGGUUAUGGGAGGGGAUUUCUGCCAAGUACUACCUGUUGUGCCGAAAGGAAAUAAGUCGCAAAUGAUUUCAGCUUCUAUUGUUAAAUCACAUUUGUGGGCAUCCACCAAAAUUCUCCACUUGUGA